AUUAGCACAAGUCCAUUGUUUUUGAACAGAGCUGGUAGAGCAAACCGGGAUAGUGGGAGGCAUCUCUUCUCCAGUCCUGCACUCCUCAGUGACUUGACAAUCCAUUGCCUCACUGGCAAAAAAAUUGGAGUGAGAAAGAUGAAAAAUGGUUGGCGUUUGGAAUUUCUCAUGAUUUUUUUCCUUAGUGUCUGGGACCAGAGAUGUUCUACAGGUGCAGCAAAUGCUGGUGAGGAUAAGUGUCUGACUAAACCAUGUGGGCCCAAUGCAGUCUGUCACAACACUUCUGGGAGCUUCCACUGUACCUGUGGGAAGGGAUAUUACUCGACUGAAGAUCACCAGUUUGCAGGAGCUGCCAUGGCCUCUUGUAAUGAUUAUGACGAGUGUCACACCAUUCGAGAUGUAUGUGGCAAUAACGCGAGCUGUCACAACACAAUGGGAGGAUUCUAUUGCCUGUGCCACAAAGGAUUUGCUCGAGUCUCCGGUGAGACUAAUUUUACUGGUUAUAGCGCUGGAUGUAGAGAUAUUGACGAGUGUCACACCAUUCGAGAUGUAUGUGGCAAUAACGCGAGCUGUCACAACACAAUGGGAGGAUUCUAUUGCCUGUGCCACAAAGGAUUUGCUCGAGUCUCCGGUGAGACUAAUUUUACUGGUUAUGGCGCUGGAUGUAGAGAUUCGUUUUUGACAUGUCUCGCUACCUACCUGAGGGACGAGUCCACCGUUGACAAAUGUUACUCCCGAAAUCGAAAGGGAUCACAGCAGCCCACUGCCGAUCACUUUUGUUCUCUCUUCGAGCCAACUCUCACACUUGCAGAAAGGAUAUGUGAAUCUGAGAGGACUGGACGGGCAGGAGAAAGCCCGACUACACUUGAAAAUGUGAUGAACCUUGGAAACAAAUUCGUGAAUGACAGUUUAAAGAUGGAGCAGGUGGACAAUGAAAAGCGAUUACAAUCAACCUCGCUCUUCUUGGAUGCCAUGGAAAGUUUCGCGUUAGAUGCUGCAUUGGCCUCACCUAGUCACAAAAUACAGAACUUAAUAACCCCACACUUAGAUCUUGAUGUUCGAGUCAUUCAGGCGAGUGAGCUGAGGGACCUUGAAAAUAUUCCUGACAGAAUAACGCUCCAUGCACAGGAAAACUCAAUGGAUGCUUAUUUAAAAACCAUGACUCAGGGAAAUGCAGGAGAUUCUGUUGCUAUUGCUUUCAUCUCGUACAAUGAACUGAAUUCCCUUCAGAGUGCCGAUUUCAUUGAGAAGGAAAGGUCAAGGCCGUACAAACUAAUCUCAGGAGUGGUUUCAGCCACAAUCAGGAACCGCAAACAUCACAAACUCAGCGAGAGAGUCAACAUCACUCUGAAACAUAAAAAGGACUCGAGAGUUGACGGACAACCAGUGUGCGUUUACUGGAACCAUACGAAAGGCAAAGGCUACUGGUCCCCCGAGGGAUGUGCCGUGAUAAAUUCAAACAAAACACACACGGCCUGUGGAUGCCAGCACUUGUCCAGUUUCGCUAUUCUCAUGACAGCUGUGGAGGAAGACCACAGGAAUGAGAAUCUCAACAUCAUAACGCAGGUUGGGAUCAGCUUGUCGCUGGUAUGCCUUGGACUCUGUAUUAUCACGUUCCAACUGUGCAACCAAGUUCCCAAGCCCAACAGCACCAUCCAUACCAACCUGUGCAUCACUCUGUUCCUGGCUGAGCUGCUCUUCCUGGUGGGAAUUAAUAGCAUCAAACACAAGGUUGUGUGUGGGAUCAUUGCCGGUUGUUUGCACUACCUCUUUCUAGCAGCCUUUGCUUGGAUGUGCGUGGAAGGAAUUCACCUUCACCUCAUGGUCAGGAACCUCCAGAAAAUAAGCAACUCCUGUGCCCGCAAAGUGUUGCGAUGGUUCAUGUACCCAUUUGGAUAUGGAAUGCCAGCAGUGAUAGUGAUCAUUUCUGCAGCAACAUAUUCCACUGGUUAUGGAACACACCAUUUCUGCUGGCUGACAAUUGAGAAUGGAUUUAUCUGGAGUUUCAUUGGACCACUCUGCACAAUAAUUCUGUUUAAUACAGCCCUCUUCGCUGUGACGCUCUGGAUGCUGAAGGCACAGCUCGUACACCUGAAUGCAGAAGUCACGAAAAUUAAAGACAUGAGAAUUCUAAUGUUUAAAGCCGUCGCACAAGUGGUUGUCCUGGGCUGCCCCUGGAUUUUCGGCGUGUUCCAGUUUUGGCAUUCAGAAAAGGUGAUGGCCUAUUUAUUCACCAUCGUCAACAGUUUUCAGGGAAUUUUUAUCUUCAUCAUCCUCUGCUUGUUAAACCAGCAGGUGAGAGAUGGAUACCGGGCCUUUUUCAAUAGGCUGCGCAUGAUCAGGAAGAAAGCUGGCUUCACCAAUUCUGAGACCGCCAGUGUGCCGAUGACCAGUGCAACAGUCAGCAGGCCUUUGGUCCAGUGUGAUGAGACGGUUUAAGUAAUUUGGCAUCCAUUUAUGUUCCCGCAUUUCACCAGAAGCUUCCGUGGCCAUCAUCACAGCUACAAAAGUGGUUGAAGAAGGGGAAACAUUUGCAUUAGCAACAAUGGACAGGUGGUGAUGUGGCAUGACCUACGAGGGUUAGAAAGGUCUUGGCCAUUUCAUUGGCAGUCCUGGAGGAUUAGGGGGACACUAGUUGGUGGACACCUUAGGGAAAAACAUAGAUUUGCUUCAUGUUCAAUGGUAGAAAGUAGACAGGUCACAUAGACCAGGAGACCACCCGCUUUGCAUCACCCACUGCACUUUUCAGACCGGGUAGGCUGUCGAUAAGUUGACUCCUUUUGGGCAUUCAGUUGAGUUGUGUCCCGUAUAUGAACCAGUAGAAAGAAGACCUCAAGAUAAAAGCAAAAUACUGCCGAUGUUGGAA